ACAUUUUAUAUUUUUUAAGGAGUACUUUGUAAUGUACCGUAAACUGUACACUCUGUUAUUGUGUAACCGCUAAUUAACUCCCCCUCUAUAUCUCAUCCGCUUAUUUUGGCGGCACCAAAACCGCUACUAUCUAUCACUCCCCUCCUUAACAACUUCUCUCACUACCCAGAUUCCACUCUCUCUCUCCCUCUCUCUCUCUAUGCCUUUCGAUUUUUGCUCAAUUUGGGUUUCGUGGAUUUAGCAGUUGAAUUCUACAAAUACCCAUUUCCUGUUUUUCUUUAGAUUUUUCUUCACUGCUUAGUUACUGGGUGAUUGAAGAACAAAAAGAAUGGGGGACUCUGACAGUUGGUUCUGUAUUUCUAGCCUUCUCUGCCAAGAAGAUGAAGCUUGUUUCAACAAAGAGGAGGAUGGUUAUGAUGAUGAUGAUGAGGAAAACAUGUAUAUAGGCUCUAGUAAACCUUGCUUUGUUUUUGAAGAUGAAGAUGAAUAUGUUGAAGACCUGUUGAAGAGAGAGGUCUGUUUUGGAUACAAAGGGUUUUCAUCCUCUGAUGAUUGCUCCUCCGUAAGCCAUACCCGGUUGAAAUCUGCUCGUUUAGAUGCUAUUGAUUGGAUUUUCAAUACUCGAGAAGUCUUUGGGUUCCAAAUCCGAACAGCUUAUUUAUCUGUCACUUAUUUUGAUCGGUUUCUAUCUAAGAGACACAUAGAUGAUGGGAAACUAUGGGCAUUUCGAUUAUUGUCUGUGGCUUGUUUAUCUUUGGCGGCUAAGAUGGAGGAAUGCAGAGUACCAACAUUAUCAGAAUUCCUAGUUCAAGAUUAUGAUUUUGAAAGCAAGGUGAUUCAGAAAAUGGAGCUAUUGGUUUUAAAUACCUUGGAAUGGAAAAUGGGGUCAAUAACUCCUUUUGCUUAUCUACAUUACUUCAUCAAUAAAUUCUGUGGUGAAUCUAGACCCAAAGGAUUAGUCUCCAGUGCUGUACAACUUAUUGUGACAAUUGCAAAAGGUAUUAAUUUAAUGGAUAUUCGGCCGUCGAUUAUUGCUGCAGCUGCAGUGUUAGCUGCAUCUGAUGGCCAAUUAACAAGAAAGACAAUGGAGCUAAAGAUGAGUUUGAUGUCAACCUGGCAUUCCAAAGAUAAUGAACAUAUAUAUUCCUGCUAUAAUCUUAUGCAGGAUAUAGAAAAAAUAAAAGUCAAGACACCCAAAUCAUCAAUUUCCCCAAAUGUAUUAUCAAUCCAUUCAGGCUCACAAGAUGUUCUAGAGAAUGCACCUUUCAACUCUGCUUCAGGCACUAAGAGAAGGCUUUCUUUCAGUCACUCUGAUCACACUAGUUCAGUAAACAAAAUUUACCGAACAUAGUUAGGGAACUGUGUUUUCUUCUACAGCUAAUAUUUUGUUUGUGUUUCUUUGAUUAGAUUAUGUCUUUUCCCCUGAAAAUUGAUUUUUGAUAUUAGAUGGGUUUAUAGGUCUAAUGAGUGUUAUAUAUGAUGAUAUGAUCAUCUGCAUAUUUGAUGAUUGGAGGUUUCAAUUUCCAAUACCAAACAAAAGUUUCAGCCAGAGACAACCAAGAAGAUAGAGAAAAAGGGAAAGUACAUAAAUAAAAAGAGGAUAACUUUAGCCUACAGUAAAGAAGUAAGAAGCUGACUGAAAGUCCAAAAGCCAUUAAGAAGGGAGUUAAAAAAGAAAAAAGGCCAAGAGUGAGCUAGAAGGCCAUUGAAGACUGUUUGUUUAUAGUGAUUCUUAGUAGUAUUUGCUUUCAUAAUGCUAUUAUCGUUUACCCAACUUUUCAAUCUCUUGUAUUCCUUUCUUUCACUUUCUUUUCUUUUUCUUUUUUCUUUUCCAUCAAAGAGAAUAUUUGUUAAUGUAUACAUCACCUGCAACCCAGCCUUUCGUUGUGGGGGCUUGGGAUGCUUCCUAUGUCUUUCAAAAGGUCUGAAAGUCAUGAGGAAUGAAGGAAUUGUUUUUGUUUGAUUUGAGAUAUCUGUGUUGCAUUUUGGCCAUUCAAAGGUAUGUAAAGGUGAAUGUGAUAAUAUAUGCUGGGAAUGUUUGAGUUUCCUUUUGAUGA